CACACCCACACACUUGUAUAAAUAUGUUUAUACCCAUGUUCUAAAAAUGAAAGAAUAUUAACUAAAAAGCAAAAAAAAAUGGACAGUUAAUUCUGCAAUGGAAAAAGUUCACUAAACAAAAAACUUAACUGAAACGUUGAAGAAAACAAAAAAAUAUAUAGUCCCAACGCUGAUACUCAACUUGUUAUCGCUAGCACCGACACCUGUAUCCAUCUGCCCAUUCACUCCAUGGAGUUAAGAUGGAAUCCAUGACAAUAUCAAUGCUGAUGAACGUCUUCGAGGCUAUUUCGCGAAAAGUUUUGAAUUUGGGAAAUAAUUCUCAGAAACAAACUGGAAAAAAAACAGGAAGCGCGAUAUUUUAAUGGUAAGUAAUGUAUUUGCCAGCUAGCUUGCCAUGUUACCUACAUGAUGUCAAAUUGAUGAAUUGGGUAUCACGAUCUUAAACGUUUUAAAGUAAUGAUAAAGUCUCACCAUCCAAAUUUUAAAGCGAACCAUUUUAUGGGCAGCGCUACUUCGCUCACAUUUGAUUAAAAAUCAAAACUAAUCCACAUUAAGACUGGGUUUAAUUACUUGACUAGUUUGGAUUAUCUUUUCGCAGGAAAGUGUUGCUAUAUGUUUGGAUGGUAUUCAAGCUGUCAUUAAAACGUUGGAUUUGUCUUUAUACCGGUGACUUUGGCAACUUAAUCAUGACGCAAUCAACGCCGUUCUUGUCCACGUGUUCGCAAUUGGGAAGUCCACGCCACUAAAAGCAUUAGCUUCGAAACGCUGUAAACACGUGAACCGCUUUGCUGUGUGUUUUCCUUCCAAAGAUUGCAGUGCGAUGCCAAAGUAAAGAUGCACUUAUACAAGUUCGCGGCCUACGAGGUGAAGCUCUUCAAAGAGCUCCAGAGACAACAAAACAGUGCACAGUUCUGCGAUGCACUUUUGCAAACUGAAGGUAUCUCUGUCCCCGUCCAUAGCUGUGUUCUGGCAGCACUCAGCCCUUAUAUGUUCCAGCAGUUAUCAGCCACACCGUCUCCUCCUCCUGGGCAGAAGCGGCAACUCCUGCUUCAGGGUCUGAGCAGCCACACCCUUUUGAAGCUGGUGGCUCUACUUUACACCGGGGAAGUGCAGCUAAACGAAUGGGAUCGCAAUGACGUUAUGGCUGCAGCCAGGAGGUUUGGGAUGAUGCCCCUAAUCCCAAAAAUGGAGAACCGGGGUCAAUGUUGCGUGUCUACAGAUGCAGCCAUGGAGAGGGCAUCAUGGAGGAAAACUCAAGAUGCUCAAAAGCAGGCAAGAAAAAAAGAUAUGGGCUCGUCAGUAGAAAUAAGGUGUGAGUGCAGAGAACCUCAAACCAAAGCUCCAACCCCAAAGCGUAUUGCACUUCGAUCCCAAAACAUCCCACCGUACUUUGGGGAGGCUAGUCUCCCCCAACCUUCUGUCAGUCUAGCAAAUCCCAAAUUAAAUCCACAAGCCUCCCAAACACCAACUCUGAGCGUGUCCAACAUCGAUGGAGCGACUGGUGCCGGCCGCAGUACGCAUGUCCCGACUUGGAUGAGCGCGUCCGAUGGUGGAUGUGACGAGAUGUCUGCGAGCGGAGUACCGAAGAUGUCGGAAGAUGAGAACAGCAAUUUGGCUUGGCGGAGGUACGCCACAGCCAAUAUAGCCAACAAGAACAUGGAGAAAAUGAAGCAGACAGAUGCGUCUCAGAUUUCCGUCAAGGUGAAGCUGAGGAGGAGCAUGAGAAAGACAAAAAGACAAUCAUGGGAGGUCGUGUCCACGCAAGAAGACCAGACAGUGUUGUCAUUGGCAUCCUUGUCUCUGGAAAGCUCCAACCACAAAAAAACACAGAAAGACCUGUCAAACAUCCAGACAACACCCUCCAUGACCCACCCACCCCCAGAUCGGACACAUCAUGUCCAUAAUACUCAAUCUGAAAGCAGCAAGUCCACUGAAUCCCGAGUCUGCUCCAACAACACACCUAACCCAGCGUGUAACCCACCUUCACAGACACAUGACAACAUUGAAUCUGCAUAUAGACUGCAACAGACUCAUGGCUCUGGAGAAAUAUCUGGGGAACAAGUUUGGAGGAUGUUGGAUGACAUGAGCUGGAACGUCCUGCCCGACAAAGCAGUCCAAGAGGAUGGCACAGGACCGACUAAGAUGCUUUCCUGUGUCACUUCAUCCGAGUGUCCAAUAUCCCAAAACUUUUGCGUUCAAAGUGGCCAGCCAUCAACACACACAGUUUCCCCUCACUUCCUACCGUAAGGAGCGCUACUGCCCACUGGCGCUGAAGAGACGAGAUGCGCGGCCGCCAUCUUGGAGUGGUGAUCCACUCCACUCAGUGCAAUCAUUUGGCAUGAGCAAUGAACUGUCAGCGCAUUUUAUCCCACUGAAUACCACUGAUUUUCACGCGCUUUUUUGUCAUACGUGUAACUAUGAUAAAGGACACAUGUUUUGGCAUGCUCAUAGUUUGCUUUACAGUAAUAGAAUAUUCUUAUGUGCUAUAAAUGACCAGACAUCCAAGAUCAAAACUGGGAAUAAUAAUCCCAGAGAAGGGGGAAAAAACGGUCAGCUAUAUUUAAGUUGAAGAAAAAAUAUGAUUAAGUUAUAUAUACAUGCGCAUAUCCUACGUAAACACUGUAUGAGUAUACUAGAUAUCUAUAUAUCUUACGGACCAAUAGACUGUAUCUGUGUUGCUGCAACAGCAGAGAGUUUAUUCUGUCUUGACACUAUGUAUUGAUAUUUUCUAUUACAUUCUUCCCGUAAAAGAUCAUGUUUACAGUGAUUGUUGUAUAUGUAUUUUUCAUGUAUGUUGCUUUGGAUAAAAGUGUCUGCCAAAUACUUAAACAUAUAUAAACACCUGAAAGUCUUUAUAUCAGCUAAAACCACCAAGCUGUUUCACUGGAUUCAGGAUAAAACCAAAGUCUGUCUAACCCAACAAAUUUAGUAUUUGAAUAUUGUUACUUGAAGACUUAUUCCUGGUUACUGUUAAGAGAGUAUUGUCUUAAGUUUGGCCUAAAAUGAGAAUGCAACAUAAUCAGUGGUGGCUGGUGAAUUUUGUUUUAGGAGGUGCUGAAAGUUUGUAAACCAAAUACCUGUAGGGGCUUCAUCCUGCCCCAGAAGAUUUCUUUGUGUUUUUCAUAUACAAAUAUUAAAGAUCUUUGCUCCUUCUCAACUCUGUGGUCAAGCUGCA